GUCAACACAAAAAGCGGAUGAUGCUGUUAUGUAAAAACAUGCCAAAGUGAGCCGUAGUUUGCAGGAUUUCUGCGGAGUGCCGAGUGCGCCUCGCUCCGUCUUAUUAACCUCUGCUUUAGUUCUAAGUUUACCGAGUGGCGAUUUUUACGCGUAGAGCGUGGAGCGGCGCAGAUCGGAGCAGGAGAGAGGAGAAGAAGAAGAAAAAAGGCUUCAGCCGAUCAACUCAACAUGAGUCGCCCUCCGCACGGUUUUCCUCCUUCACUUGCGGGAAGCGUACACCUGACGCAUCACUCUCUCUUGCCGUGGAACUGAUCUUCCUCUCCAACAUAUCGACUCCCACUGGGUUAUUUUCCACUUUGCGAAACGAGAGCCAUAUGGACCCAGAUGAUGAUCCAUGAUGAUAUCCACUGAAAGCCCAGUCUGAGCUGAAACCCUCCACCAAUCAGAAACCCGUGGAUGAAGACAGUUUAGUGAAUCUGCUCCCAGACGCUGAGAAUAUGGUGAAAGCUCAGCGGUGCCAGACGGCGAAAUGCGGGAAGCCCAAGAAGGAAAGGGGAAGUAAGGAAAAGCAGGAUGGUGUGAAGAAAGGGAGAGGGGGGGUGAUUGAGCUGAAGAGGAAGAAAAAGAGGGACAAGAAAGACUUGCACCGAAAUAAAAAGAAGAAACUAGCCGUGAGUGAUGGAGAUGCGUUGGACUGUUGCGUGUUGCUCACCCGUCUGGAGGAGAAAGGAGCUGCUGGUAAAGAGAAGAAUGCACUAAAAGCUGGGAAGAAAAGGAGUGUAAAAGUUAAAAAGAAGGAACACUCCAUCCAAAGAGGGACCAAACAUAGACUCAAGAAAACCUCUGCCGCUAAUCAGCAAGCACUGGAACCAAAAAGCAACCAAUCUGACGCCUUACUCAUGAUGCCCUCAGCUAUGUUUGAGCCCCGCAGAAGGAGAAUGGCUUCUCUUAAUGCUGAGGCUGUCAACAGCUUGCUGCUCUACAAAGACGACUCACUCAUGGCGAAUAACGCAAAGAAAUGUCAGCCAUCCAACGAAGAGCCAGCGAAAGAGCUCACUAAAACCGAACACGGAGAUCAGAAAACCAAAAAAGGUUCUUUGGAAGGGAAAGCAGUUCAAAAAGAGAGACCGAAAAAACAAAAGCGUUCCACAGCUGAGGCUCAGAACAUCGACUGGUUGAGUUUGCUUGCACCGACACCUCGGCGUCAAGCAGGCCUCACCGCUGCAACGCUGCUCAAACUCACCAGUGCCCCGUAUGGGGCCAAACGGCAAAGGAAGGUGGAGUCCAAGCCAGGGAGUAGAAGUGAAGCUGCAGCUACGACUCAGGAUGGAAUGAGUGGUAAGCCUGUGUGCAAAGGAACAACACACACCAAACGAAGAACACAUCCCAAACACGAGGGGCAACUAAAGCACAGAAAACAGGGCACAGAAGAUCCAGUCCAUUCCCAGGUGAGCCCCGCCAUCCAGGAAUGCUGCAGUUUGUGUAAGACGGAGACUUUGGAUCCGGAGUGGAAGGGUGCCACAGGGGGGCAGGAGUGUGUCAAGCAUCCUCUCCACUGUGGCUCUUCUCUGGGAUUCUCCUUAAAAACAAUCAAAGAGGAGCAGGUGGAGACGGAGGUGUCUUCCUGUUACUGCUGCUCCCAGGAGAGAUGUGUCGAGUACUUUCACAGGCUGGCCCUCUUCCUGGAUGACAAAACCUUCAAGGAACCAGAGGACGGCUCACUGUCUGAGGUGUUCCACCACCACCAUCAUCAUCACCACCACCAUCACCACCACCAUUCUGUCGGCCACCCGGCAGCCAUAACCAUCAGCCCGCACACGUACACCUGUUUUCCAGGCUACUAUGUCCAUUUCAGCCACCCGGACAACUCCGCCUCCACCAUAUCACCCCUCGCUUUAUGCCCAAGCGGCAGCAAGAGGCCGAAGCUGCUCCCCAGCACGGGUCCCCAACCCUCAGGGAUUAGCCAUCCAGUGUACUGCUGCACCUCAGUGAAACCGUGCUACGGAGAGCCCUGCAGGAUCACCGGCUACUCUGCUUACACCAGUGUGAUUCCAGCAAUUAACAGAGGAGCGUGCUCCUCUGGCCCCACAGACUGCAUCAAAUGUAACCACAGCGUAAAAAGAGAUGACUACCCAGCAACCAUCAAUGACCACCACAGCCCCUCCUCUAUCCCCAUUUGUCCCAGCCCUCGAAUCCUUACUGGCUGCCCCGUUCCCACUGUGCCUCCAGCCGGCCAAUCAGUGCCCCACAUCCAGACUCCGCUGUCUGACCCCAGCCAACCGCAGCCUCCGCUGAAGGUGGCAAAGGAGUGUCCACAGAGUGCCAAGCAGCCCAGCGGGUCAAGGUCUGGCGCGCGCAGCACCGGCAGCAUCAGCUCGGCUGUCUGCCCUCUCAACAGGAACAAGAAACAGAAGCUCAGCUGUGCCAGCGACGGAGGGCAAACGGUUGCCAAGCAGCCGAAGAAUGGCCGCCAAAAAUCCACCAACGGCUGGAGGCCAUUUGGCCUGUCCUUUGAGAAGGAGGUUUUCUCUGUGGGAGAGGACACUCUGGUGCUGAGGAAGUGCUUUGAGGGAGUCCACAGGGACGGGGAGCUGAUUAGAGUCAGAGACACUGUUCUGCUGAAAUCUGGACCUAGAAAAAAGUCUCUGCCUUACGUGGCUAAGGUCUCAGCUCUGUGGGAAGAGCCAGAGUCAGGAGAGCUGAUGAUGAGUUUGUUUUGGUACUACCGUCCAGAACACACACAGGGAGGACGCAACCCCAGCGUACAUUGUGAGAAUGAGGUCUUUGCAUCCCGUCACCAGGAUGUGAACAGUGUGGCCUGUAUUGAAGACAAAUGCUAUGUCCUAACAUUGGCACAGUAUUGUCGAUUUUGUGCCUUGGUAAAACGCCGUAGAGAAGGCGUCAGCGACAGCGCCGCCUCCCUCGUGGUGCCCCCUGUUGUUGGAAACGCCAUGCCCACCCACCACUGUGUGCCCGAUGACACUGACCCAGAGCUGGUGUUUUUCUGUCGACACGUCUACGACUUCCGCUACGGACGCCUCCUCAAGAACCUGCAGUAGUAUCUGACGAGGCAUGACAUCACAUUACACCCCGGUUUCAUCUGCCACAGAUUCUCACUGGCUGCCUCCGUGAGAGAGGAACUGGAGUUUCGGACGACGGCUUGACAGCUUAUUUUCUUUUCAGUCUCUCAUUCAUGCUUACAUGUCACGCAUUUAUUAAGUAAACUAAUGGUCUGACGUAAUAUAUAAGAGUUGUUAUGGCAGUGUAAAUCUUUUUCUUUGAUCAUACAUGGCUCUCUGGUGUUGUAGCAGCUGUGUGAAGAACCUGGAACGUACUCUGCUGUAGAAAAUGCUACUGUAGCUCUUAGAAAUGUGAAAUUUGAUUAGAUUGCCGAGAACUCGAUGUUUCAUGUGAAUAAUGCUACUAUCUGCCUGACAGACAACAGAUAACACAAAGUAUCUUGAUACGCCAUAGAUGAUGAAAAUAUGUGGCAUAUUGUGCCACACCGGAUGGUGCAGCUGAAGACUUAAUCGCAUCUUUUUUUCACUCAGUUUAUUUCUGCUGCUUUGAGCUGCACUGAGUCCAUUUGAUAGUGAAAACGUGGCGUUUUCUACUGACACGGCAUAUAGAAAUCUUACUGUAAUGCAGCUGUGUUCAUGCUGUUCUGAGAAAUUGUGAUAGUCUGGGAAAUGUGCUUGCUUGUGAUAAAUAAGAAGGAAUCAGUUUCAUGUCUGUUUAAUCAAAAUGAAAUAAUCACCAGCAGCUGGUUAGUAUAGCUUAGCAUAAAGUCUAAGUUUGACUCUCGGGGCAAUGGUCGAUGUAAUUAGCAGCUGUCAAGGGCAAGAACGCCUGUUCUGUCAGAGUGUUAUCGACUGCAUGUGACUGCAGAUCAGUUUUAAAGAAGCUAGGUGUGUUUCAGUAAAUCAGCAAUCCCUAUUUUUCCCCCUCUAAAUGCAUGCUGUCGAAGCAUGCUCAAACAUGAUUGGUUGAUAGAACGUGGUCUACAAGCAGACUACAAAUAUCUGCAUACAUAUCUUUUUGGAGCGAUUGUGCUAAGCUUAGCUUAAUUAGCUGCUGGCUCCAGCUGUGUGCUUACAACGUAUACAGAGAGUGUUCUCAUCUAAAUCUCAGCAAGCAAGCAUGUAAGGAGGUUUCCCAAAUAUUAAAAUUGACAUUUUUGUCUAAUGGUGAUUGAUUUUGGAGAGCUUUGCAGCGCGCCCCAAAGAUAGCCAUGAAAGACAUUCUCAGUCAAACGGUUUGAUUGAAUCUAAUUAGCAGUGAAAAAGUAUAACAAGAGCAAGCAAUUAAAGGUUUUUUUGGCUUCUUCUCUACUUAAGUUUUGAGAGAGAUGCAGGUUUUAUUCCGUAUCUGUGUCUGUAGGGAAGACUUUCACACGGGCAUGCUAACCGCUAAAAGACAGCGAGAGUUUAGUUUGCUUGCUUUCACAUUGCGAGGAUCAGCCGAGCAUUGAAGGGGAUUUUUGUUAUGCCAAUGCCGAGGAAUAUUUAACUUUUUCAAAGCUGUUUACCAGAGGUGUGAUUUGACUCCGGUGUCAGCGUACUGUAUAUUUGCAUUUAAAUAUCUGGAUGGGUGUCUGUUAGUGGCAGAUGGCAUCAGUUAGUCACGUAUAUUCUUGUUUCUUCACUGAUGAGCUGGUGAAUAAUGUAGUCAGUGUAGCAUUUAGAUCUGUGAUGAUGAUUCGUUCCUAUGUUUAAGAAAAGAUAUGUAUUUAUUUCUGUACUGAGAAAAUCUAUAAUUUAUUUUCAAAAGAUCAUUUUAAAGAGUUUUAGAUGAGUGGCUUGCAUUCCUGAUUAGAAAGGAGGCUGAAGAUGUCUCUCUGUAGCUGCACUGUCUAAGUGUGAUAGUCUUUGCAGCGGUAUUUCUGUGUUUCAGCUCGCUUACCCAAUACAAGCUCGUGCAAUUUUGCUUUGAGACACUGAAGUAGGCAAUAGGCAGAUUUGAGGACACAUAUGGAGUAUUUGGAAGGAUCUCAGAUGCGGUUUGAAGGACAUGCGCUAACAUGUGACCAGAGAUGCUAAACCUUGCAGGACCAAAAUGUACCCUGGCCUUUUCCAGUUUCCUGUCAUCCUCCUUUUCAUUUCCCCUGAGAUGGUGAAGCUUUGCCUCUUCACCUUUAAAUGCCGAUUGCUUCACUGAUUUUAACUUACCAUUAGCCUGUGCCCUGGAUCUUUGCUGCCUUAUAGAACAUUCCCAGCCUUUUAUUUAGUAACGUGUAUUGAUCUCAGUCUGGAGUUAUGAAGCUUGUAAGUGCGCUGAUCUUGAUUCCUAGAUGCUUGACAUGUAUUUCAGUGUUACCUGUGAUCUUAUGUGACCUGAAAGUCCAUCUUAAUCAACGUUUUUAUUGAGAGUGAUGUUUGGUAUCAAACUACUUAACUAGUUGAGAGUAGAUGAGGAUUUUUUUUUUCUUUUUUCUUUUUUGGAGAAACUAACUUUUUACAGAGUGUGAUAUGACAAUACUGACAAUGCUUUCAUAUCAGUACUUUAAAUAUAAAGCAGAAGCUAGUUAGCUUAGCGAUCUAUAAUGCUUGGAAGUGGGAGCGGGCGGUAGAAAGCCAGAUGCACCCUUAUCAUCUGUGAGCAUAAUAGGUAACAUUGUGUAUGUAAUUUGUUUAGUCUGUAUAAAUCAAAGUGUUAUAACAAAUUUCUUGUUAGCAAAUUUUGUGUUGUUUUUGGUUUUAUGCUAGGCUAAGCUAAGCUAAGCUAACCAGCUGGUUACGGAUUCAUUUCUUACAUGCAGACCUUAGAGCAUUCUGCCAUUGAAAAAAAAAUUUUUUUUGCCAUCCAUAAGUCACAAUUUGGGGUUAUUAUGCCAAAAUUUCAA